AUGAAGAUAUUUAAAAAAAAUUGUCUUUGGAUGUUACUUCCAUUACUUCAUUUGUUAGCGAAUGCUGCAGAACAUGAAGAGGUAGCAAAACAUGCAAUCAAAUUAUAUCGAGGAAAAGGAGCAGCUUUCACUCAGAGAAAGCAGUGGGUCCUAGAUAACUGUAAAAAGCUUUCUGGGCUUCUUCGCCAAAAGAAUGUGGUUCUUAACAAACUGAAAAAUGCAAUCAGAGCAGUGGAAAAAGACACUGGACUGUCUCUUGAAGAGAAACUGUUUCAAGUGCACACAUUUGAAAUUUUCCAAAAGGAGCUGAAUGAAAGUGAAAAUUCAGUCUUUCAAGCUAUCCAUGGACUUCAGAGAGCCCUACAGGGAGAUUACAAAGAUGUUGUAAACAUGAAAGAAAGUAGCAGGCAGCGAUUGGAAGCUUUGAGAGAAGCUGCAAUAAAGGAAGAAACAGAAUAUGUGGAACUUCUGGCAGCAGAAAAACAUCAGGUUGAAGCCCUAAAAAAUAUGCAACAUCAAAACAAAAGUUUAUCCAUGCUUGAUGAAAUUCUUGAAGACGUCAGAAAGGCAGCAGAUCGUCUAGAGGAGGAGAUAGAAGAGCAUGCUUUUGAUGACAAUAAAUCAGUGAAAGGAGUCAAUUUUGAGGCAGUUCUAAGGGUAGAGGAAGAAGAAGCCAAUUCGAAGCAAAAUAUAACAAAACGGGAAGUGGAAGAUGAUUUAGGUCUUAGUAUGCUAAUUGACUCUCAAAAUAACCAGUAUAUUUUGACCAAGCCCAGAGAUUCAACAAUACCACGUGCAGAUCACCACUUUAUAAAGGACAUUGUUACCAUAGGAAUGUUGUCUUUACCUUGUGGCUGGCUAUGCACAACAAUAGGAUUGCCUACAAUGUUUGGUUAUGUUAUUUGUGGUGUACUGCUGGGACCAUCAGGACUGAACAGUAUUAAGUCUAUUGUACAAGUGGAGACAUUAGGAGAAUUUGGUGUGUUCUUUACUCUUUUUCUUGUUGGCUUAGAAUUUUCCCCAGAAAAGCUGAGAAAGGUAUGGAAGAUAUCCUUACAAGGACCAUGUUACAUGACACUGUUAAUGAUUGCGUUUGGCUUAUUGUGGGGACACCUCUUACAGAUCAGACCCACUCAGAGUGUCUUUAUUUCUACUUGUUUAUCCUUAUCAAGCACACCAUUAGUGUCCAGAUUCCUUGUGGGCAGUGCUCGUGGUGAUAAAGAAGGUGAUAUAGACUACAGCACUGUGCUUCUUGGUAUGCUAGUGAUGCAAGAUGUACAACUUGGAUUAUUCAUAGCUGUCAUGCCAACUCUUAUACAAGCAGGAGUGAGUACGUAUUCUAGUAUUAUCAUGGAAAUACUGCGAAUACUGGUUUUGGUUGGUCAAAUUCUCUUUUCUCUAGCUGCUGUUUUUCUUUUAUGUCUUGUUAUAAAGACUUAUCUCAUAGGACCAUAUUAUCGAAAGCUGCAUUUGGAAAGUAAAGGAAACAAAGAAAUCCUUAUUUUAGGAGUAUCUGCUUUCAUCUUUUUAAUGUUAACGAUCACAGAGCUGUUAGAUGUUUCCAUGGAACUUGGCUGUUUCUUGGCUGGAGCACUGAUCUCUUCUCAAGGACAUAUGGUUACUGAAGAGAUUAUGUCUUAUAUUGAACCUAUUCGGGACUUUUUGGCUAUCAUUUUUUUUGCAUCAAUAGAUUCACUGUAAUCCCAAUGAAACACUGUCAAAAUUUAUGUGGAAAUGAGAAAAGCCACAAAUAGUGAAGAUAAUCCUGAAGGAGAAGAAUUAAGUUGGAAUAUUCAUGUACCUUAUCAAAGGUGAAAUAGUAGUUUUGGGGAACUGGAUUAAAAAUCUGGAGGUUCCUUGGUGCACAUAAAUUGGAGCAGAGGAAGGUAAAGCCUGAUGAGUCAUCUGUAAGCCAGAAAAGUCCCCUCUCAGCUGAUAUUUGACUCUCUCUCUCUCUCUCUGUCUUCCCUUUUUGCUGCCCCUCUCUCUCUGACCCCUUCUUCUGCCCCCUUGCCUUCUCUCCCCGGCCACCUCUUUCCUGCCUUUUCUUCUCCAAUACCCCCAGCUUCACUACUGUUGACCUCUCAGAGUGCCAAAUAAACUCUGCCAAUUUCAGAUUAUUUGUUCCAGGCUGAUGCUUCACCUCCUUUUCUCUCAGUUCCUCUCCAGAUGAUGUCUAAUAAAAUUGAUUAGGUUUUAACUUAAUUUUUACUACAUUCCAGUCCUGCAUUCCAUUCAUAAAAUUACUCCUAGGUCAUCUUGAGGCUAGGGUUUUAUUACCCCAUAAUGUUCUUCUAGGUCUUCAUUGAAUAUGUAUGUUUUAAAGUUGCUCAUACUAAAAACUAAAAUUCAAUAAAUAGGUUAUUUAAAACAUACAUAUUUGCUUUUUCUCCUCAGAUUGUAUUCAUGAUUUAUUGAGAAUCAUGCUUUCUAACAAAAUAAUAAUUCUACUUGUUUUUGCUUUGGCUAUUUACACUCUCAUUAUUUCAAACGCAGUUCAAGUUAAUUUCUCUGCUAACUGAGGAACUUGUGUACAAUUAUCCUCUAAUUUAGCCAGUAACACAAUCGUUUUGUUUCCAGGUUCUUCAGCUUAACGCCUUAAUGUGAUUAACAAGUAAUAAGUAAAUAACAUCUGUUUAAUUAGAAAGAUACCUUUUGUUCAGAGGAUCUAAGAUCCACUUCAUUAAGGCAUAAGUAAAUGAGUGAUGAGUCCCAUUUUUAAUAAAUAUCCAUUGAAUACCUAUUUGUGCUAGAUGCUAUACUAUGCCCUGUAAGAACUGUAGAGCUAUAAGGAUGAACUAGACACAAUUGCUACUAUCAGGGACUUUCUCGUUAGCAAAAAUUACCUAUAAGGUAUAAAGAGAUAAUUCUUAUAGAGUCAUUAACAACAAAUAAUGUGUACAUGGUGGCCAUCGAUCCUUGAAGGGGUUUAAGCUGUGCUUCUUAGAAGAGAUUGCAUUUGAAUGGCCUUGAAAAACAGAUAGCGUUUUUUAAACCAGAAAGUUUAUAUAAACCAAAAAGGUUUUAUAUGCUGAAGGAAUAGCCUGAGCAAACACACGGAGGUGUGAAAGUGUGAGAGCCCAUGGGAGGAGAGACGGAGAGGCAGAUGGAGAUAAGGCUGGAACAUUAAAACAGGAUGACAUUACAGAGGGUCUUGCGUACCAUGCCAGAGUCUAUGGUUUUUAUUACAUGGGACAUUGAAUACAAUAUAAGAGUUUUGGGAGUAAAACAUAUUCUGAUACAGUGACAGAGAAUGAAGACAUAAUUAACUAGCAAGCAUUAUAGUGAUAAAUGUUGAAUACUAAAAAGGACUUAAUGUAGUUUUGUGGAAUGUAAAAUGUUGAACACUAAAAAGGACUUAAUGUAGUUUGGUGGAAUGUACAGAAGAGAUCCAACGAAUGCAUUUCUUUUCUUCAUAGUGUAGAAGAAAGAUUUAGUAUUUCAGAAUGCUUUUCUUUUUCAAGUGUCGUGACGGGAAAGCCACCGAUGUUAUAACGUCCGUGUUUUGCAUAGUCAAGCAGGUGCUGGCCCUUGUAUAGGAAUCUAUUAUCCCAUUCAAUCCCCACAUCAACCCUUUAAUUAUCAAGAUUUAUCAUCAUUUCAAAGAUGUGGACACUGACACUCCAAAGUUUAAUGAUGGAUCCAAGUUCAUGCAGAUAGCAAAGGAUAGUAAUGGAUUUUGAGCUGAGAUCUUAAAGCCUUUGUUCUUUCCACUAGACCAAGGAUUGGCAGACUAUGGCCUGUGGUCCAAAUCCAAUCUGUCGUCUCUUUUUAUAAACAGUGUUUUAUUGGAACACAGCCAUGCUUAUUUGUUUAGGUUUUAAUUAUAGCUGCUUUUGUGCUACAAUAUAGCCAAGUUGAGUAGGAGCAAGAGAGUCCAUAUGGCCUACAAAAACCUAAAGUACCUGCCAUCUAGUUCUUUAUAGAAAAAGUUUGCCAAAUCCUGCACUAGACAAUCAUAAUAAUUAAUUCCUAGCAACUUCUGGUUUUCUGAACAAUGUCAAUAAUUUGGUUUUCCUUUUUUGUAAAAUGAAUUUUCAGCAGGGUUUCAUCCCCUCCUCCUCACAUUUCCCCUUCCUGAGACACUAAGAGGAUUACAGAAGCAGUCACUAGUUGUCGCUCAUCAUUCUUCUAUAACAGUACCUAGAGGUGGUGUUAGAGUUAGUUGCCAUAUAUAUGAAUUAAUCUAGGUUCUGAGCACCUUGACGGCACUGGGCCCUCAUUCUGUUUUAUGUCUGUGGGGCUUAGUGCGAUGUAUGCAGUGAUCAUGAUGGUAGCAUUUAUCAAUACAAAUUGUGUGCCAGUUAUCAGCCGGGCUCUGUGCUUUAUACUUCAUAUUUUAUUUAUUCAUUCCCUUCAAUCCUAAUUUUUACAGACGAGGAAA